AUGGGCAAAUUCGUGCACGACGUCGAGAACGAAAUGUUCUGCGAGUCCAUCAACACCAAGAUCCCCUACUUCAAUGCGCCAGUCUACCUAGAGAACAAGACUCCCAUCGGCAAAGUCGACGAGAUCCUCGGCCCAUUGAACCAGGUCUUCUUCACCAUCAAGCCCCAGGAAGGCAUACAAGCGAAGUCAUUCAAGGCCGGCGACAAGUUCUACAUCGGUGGCGACAAACUCCUGCCGCUCGACCGUUUCCUACCGAAGCCCAAGCCUGCCCCAGGUGCGGCAAGAGUUAAGAAGCCAGCUGGUGCCGGUGGUCGUGGAGGCGGCGCACGUGGAGGUCGCGGCCGUGGCGCACCACGAGGACGAGGCGGGUUUGGCGAUCGAGGUGGACGUGGAGGAUCCCGCGGAUUUGGCGGUGGCCGCGGAGGCAGCGGUGGUUUCUCAAGAGGUGGAGGCGGCGGUGGCUUCUCACGAGGUGGUCGCGGUGGUGGUGGUGGUGGCUUUGGCGGCCGCGGACGUGGAGGUUACUAA